GGUCCAAAAGCCCAAUUAUUUUGUGGUAAUACUUGCGAUAAUGAUGUUAAUGGCAUUUGUAAAACUUGUGGUAAUGAAACCAAUGGCGCUUGUGAUGGUGCUUGUGGUGGUAGUAACGAAGCUAAUGGUGCUUGUGGUGGUGGUAACGUUGGUAGUGGUAACGUUGGUGGUGGUAACAUUGCUAGUGGUAACGUUGGUGGUAGUAACGUUGCUGGUGGUAACGUUGCUGGUGGUAACGUUGCUGGUGCUGGUGGUAACGUUGCUGUUGCUGGUGGUAACGUUGCUGGUGGUAACGUUGCUGGUGGUAACGUUGCUGGUGGUAACGUUGCUGGUGGUAACGUUGCUGGUGGUGGUGAUAAUGUUGUAGGCAAUGAUUUUAAUGAAGACGAAUAUGAUCUUCUAGAUGUAUUAGCAUAA